AUGCUGCAUCGAAGGCGGGCCAUCUCCCUCCUGUCCAAGUCCAACCGCGCAGCAGAAGCAGCUUUCCCACAGGCGGCGGCUGACCCAUGGGGCCCACGGCUUGGGGACUCGGCCAAGCCUGCUACCAAGGGGGCUGGCAAAGGGGACAAACCGGCUACUCGGCGAGUAUCCAGCACAGCCUCCCGUCCAUCCAGCGUAGGACGGAUGCGGCUGCUGAUACAAGGCCAAGUGGACUCCCCCGGGCAGACUCAGCAAGCCUCACCAUUGCCCGGGGGCCGGGCCCGAGCGCGGCACCAGGAGCCCCCUGCACAAGACCGAUCAGGGGUAGAUAGUGCAGCAUCUCCGUGGCCGCUGCCACCGCCGCAGACUGCUCUGCCGGCAACAUCCCCUCAACCUCCAAGCCCUGCCGCACCAAACAAACGUGGAGUUGGUCUAGUACGUACGACAGCAACGUCAGGCACGUCCCCACGUGCACAACGCGCUGCUCGACGAGGGGAGGCGUUGUGGCGGGAGGAGCAGCAGCGAGAGGAGCAUGGGGGACAGGAGGAAGUGGAGGCACUGGGAGAGCCGGCGGAUGGUGCAGCUGGGGCUGGGGUAGGGGAAACUGGUUCACGGGAUGAUGCUGCUGCUGCGGAGCCAUGUGUGAGGCUGCAGGGGGGGGCACCUAUGGCCAUGGAGGCAGAUCCGACAGAGUCGGAGCAGAUGCCGCGUCGGCCUGCUGCUGGGACUGCUGCCGCCUCUGACGACGGCUUAGCCUUGCCUGCCGUGGGGCGGCCGGCGACGAUGCACCAACUGUCCGAGGAGGGGCCGGCUGCGGAGGAGGUACAAGGGGGGCUGGGACUGGCGGAUUCACCGGCGCCAGAAGGGGCAGAAUCUCCGCCAACUCUCGAAGCGCCUGUGAUCGCUGCUGCUGUAGCUGAGGCAGUGGGGCGGCAAGACCAACCCCCGCACGAACCGUUUGAGCCUGCUGCCGCUGAGUCCGCCGGAACGCCUGCGACUGCCGCGGGCGCAAGCAUGCAGGGGCACGGCCAGGCGGAGGGUGAUACUGGGGGUCCCGCGGUCGUCGCCGCUGCCGGCGCUGCCCCGGCGAGGAGGAAGCAGAAGCUGCGCGCCCAGCCAUCGCCGAGGCGGCCUGGAGCAGGGUUGGGACCUGAGGCCCGGGACCCCUCCGGGGCUGGCUUCGGCAAGAGCAGUCGCCACCAGGGCAAGCGUGCCGACAGGCGUGGGGCAGGCAACUAUGGCGACCCCCCGGAGAGAGGUGGCAGCGCCGAUGCGCCACCAGUGGGGCCACGCGGUGGGAGAGGCGGAAGGGGAGGUACGCGAGGAGGAAGGAUCCCCCUGCUAGGGGGAGAAGCCGCGAUCGUGAGAUCGGGCACGUGGCGAGAUCGCCACGAUCGUCCAGAGCAGGUGCCUGCGCCUGCCACCGAGGUGGAUGUGGGCUCUGACAACUCUCAGAACGGGAGUGACUUUAUGCCCUCGGGCUCAGUGGUUUCGGAGGAGGUCUCCCAAGCAAAUGGACCAACCCUUUCUAGUCCGGCGGCUGCCCCCAAAGAUCUUGGAGAGCUACACCCUGUGCUUGCUGGCGCCCCUCCUGCGAUUGGCUACGAAACCGGACUGCGUAGGAGCCUGGACGGUGCUGCAGUAUCUACCCCGCCUCACCCUUCGACCCAUGCCGGAGCCAGUGGAGGGGAACCGCUGGUUAACGAUCGAGACGAGGUUGCACCACUUUAG